AUCGAAUUGCUACCAGCCCUAGUUGACAAAGUUUUUACCGAAAGCCCAACGCAAUUGUUUAUUGUUUAUUGAUUUUCGAGAACAGUCGUCGAAAAAGCAAAACUAACGAUGAACAACAAGUGCUAGGCAAUUGCUCUCGUCAGCACAAAAAAAGCGCAUUGCGAACAACUAUUAGCGAGGAUGGAAUCCGCAAAUCAUAAAGUGAACUAAAAAAUCAGAUAGAAGGUGAUAAAGCGACAUAAGCGAUGGACACGAAUCCGAUGAACUUCAUGGACGCCCCGCUGGACGAGUCCAUGGACUUGUUCAAGGCGGAGGACGCCUUCGACAUGAUCAACGAGGUGCUGCACUCGGACAUGCUGGACAGCUUCCUCAACGAAAUGGAUCUGGAGCCGGCGCAGAUGUACAACAUGCUGCAGAUGGACGAGCCACGGACACAGCCGCCCGUGGAGCAGGCACCGCACGUGAAGAGCGAGCACUCGUCGCCGGUGCACAUUAAGGAGGAGCUGCAGCAGCAUCAGUCGCCACUGCUCGUCUACAAGCCGGAUCCCCUUAUGGCCUCCAACUACAAUCUCCCCCAGCAACAUCAGCCUACACUCAUGAAGGCCGCCCAGCCCACAACCACCAUUCACCACAUGGACGCUCAGCGGAUGCCGCCGAACACCGCCGUCUUCUCCCCGGCUUUGGGGGGUAGCAUUGUCUACCAGUCCAUUUCCCCGCCCACGCCGCCGGAAGAGUCGUCGCCCCAAAGCGUAAAAGUGAUGCAACCCAUUUCUCCAGCCGCCACUCCUUUGACCCUGCAGUCGCACCCUCAAUCCUUCAUCAUGUACGCCCAACCCAUGGCCACGAGUCCCGGGCUUAUCGCCCCUCCCACAAACAUACCCCUGCUAAUGGAAAGCACGACGACAACUACUGUGGCCAGUCCAAAGGCAUCACCACCACCUGUGGCUCCGCCGCCGAACAGCUCUGGUAGCCGGGCCAGCAAGGUGCGAGUGCCACCUCUGACACCAUCUCCCACGGCCAUGGAGGUCCAGGGCAAGGUUCCCAUCAACCGGGUGCAGCCCAAGGUGAAGGAGGUGAAACGCUCGGCGCACAAUGCCAUUGAGCGGCGCUACCGUACCUCCAUCAACGACAAGAUCAAUGAGCUGAAGAACUUGGUGGUGGGCGAACAGGCCAAGCUGAACAAAUCCGCUGUUCUGCGGAAGUCCAUAGACAAGAUCCGGGAUCUGCAACGCCAGACACACGAUCUAAAGGCAGAGCUGCAGCGCCUGCAGCGGGAGCUGAUGGCCCGCGACGGAUCCAAGGUGAAGGAUCUGCUGCAGCUAGGCACCCGGCCGGGACGAGCAUCCAAGAAGCGUCGCCAGAGCGCCACCACGGAUGCCGGCCUGACCCCGCCGCGCAGCGAUGUAUCAGAUCCUUCGCUCUCACCCACGCACUCGGAUAUCUCGCUGCCGCCGUCGCCCUAUGGCGGAUCCACCGGCAGCUGCAGCAGUGGCAUAAGCAGCAAUGACGAUGUGCUGGUGGUGCCCAGCUCCAUGCGCGGCAUGGCCACCCAUUCUAGGCUGGGACUCUGCAUGUUUAUGUUUGCCAUUCUGGCCGUCAAUCCCUUCAAGUCGAUCCUUCAGCGCGGCCAAUUUGGCAGUAAUGACGAUAUUGGCGAGACCAGCGGUCAAAGACGCAUUCUCUCUUACGACGUGGACAGUGGUGACGGCAUUGGCUGGCAGCAAAGCUCUUGGAUAUGGCUUUUGAACUUGGCACUGAUGUUCGGAUGCCUGGUGAAGCUGCUGGUUUAUGGUGAUCCGCAGCUUGAUGCCCAGACGGAUGCCUACUGGCAGCACAAGCAACGGGCGGACUCCCACUUUGCUCAAGGGCAGGCUGCCCAGGCCUACACCGGUUAUCUCAACUGUUUGCAUAUGUUUGGACUAAAUCUACCGACUUCACGCUUUGAGACCUAUCUACAGACAAGCUGGCAAUUUCUGCGGUUCCUUUUCCAUCGCCUCUGGCUUGGCCGAGUGCUGUCACGUCGGACUGGAGGGCUAUUUAGCAAUGCCACCAGCCGGAAACAGGCGCUGGCCUCGGCACGGGAACUGGCGCUGCUUUUCAACCGACUAAAUCAAUUGCAACUGACUGGCAACGGCAGUCGCGGAGAUGGGAACGGCAUUAUGAUGGCCCUGUUCGCCAGCAACAUGGCUGAAGUGGCUCACAACCUGCUGACUCCGCGCGAGACCAUCUGCAUUCACGUCACGACGGCGCUGCGAAUGAAGCGCAGUGCCCCAAAGUGGCUGCAGCAGCUCUUCGCUCGCUACUACAUGAGUCGGGCGCGCCAAGAGUGCGGUCGCACCCGAGCUGCCGAGCAAACGCAGGAGUUUCGUUGGGCAUUUACCACCUACGGAUAUCGCUACUGCAGCACGCAUGUCUUUAGCUACGAUUUGAAUGACUCAGGCGAGCAGGACGGCUUUUUCACACGCCUAAGGAAUCCUUGUGAUCCCGCUGCCCACGUCAUAAAACAAUACCGCGAACACCUGCUGUUUAAGGCCAUUCAGUGUUUGGUGGGAGCUGGAAAGCCGUCAGGCGGUCUGCCCACCACUUCAGCGGGCAGGGAGACGGAGUCACUGCAGCAACAGCAACACAGCGGCACUAUCGUCAGCAAUGUUCUCAAGUACACCUCGCUCUUGAGGGACACACUGUGGGCCGAUGAGGAUGAGCGCGAUACGAAUGUGGUGUGGUGGGCGAAUGUGCUGGAGAUCGCAGUACACUGGCUCCUCGGUGAAGAUACGCUGGCCGAGCAGUUAUACGAUAACAUCAAGCAAAUGCCUACACAGCUGGAACAGUUUGGCGAAAGCGAUCAUCUGCCAAGGGCGCUGCAUGCCGUGCUACGAGCGAAGAUGAUCUUGCUGAAGAACAAUGGAAAUACCCUGGACAAAGGCCUAAAGCAAUCAGUCAACUUGAUGUGCGACGAGUCGAGUCUACAACUACAAGAGUGUCUGACUGUCAAUAGGGUCACCAACGCCAGGGCCAUUAAGCUGACUUUCCAAUUGCUCACCUGCGAUUGGCUGCUCGAAACUCGUACCACUUUGUGGGAGCUGGAGCACAUGAACAUGGAGGAUGAUGGCUUCUACCAAGUACCCGGUGACGAGCUCGAGAAGUUCCAGACCGACUUGAAUUCGCUGCGCAGCAUAGUGGAACAUAUACCUAACGCCCAACCUAGGAUAUAUUUGUACGAAGCUGUCUGUCGCCUGAUGGCCGGAGCCUCGCCUUGUCCCACGCAACAGCUUCUGGACAGGAGUCUACGAUCGCGUUAUGCCCACUCGUCCAUUUUCUGUGGCAGCAAGGAUCGGCGCCACCAGAACUUCGAGGGUGGAGAGAGAGAGCGCGCGAAUGCCAUGUUUGUGGCCUGCAAGUAUCUGCCGAACGCGCUGCUCAGCUCUCCGGGCGAACGUGCUGGCAUGUUGGCCGAGGCGGCCAAGACGCUUGAGAAGGUGGGCGACAAGCGGAAGCUGAAGGAGUGUUACCAGCUGAUGAAAUCACUGGGCAACGGCAUUGGUAGCGUGAAAGCAUAAGACAGUUGCGCUGGGCUUUAGUCAUAAGUAUCUAGAACACGGGAUGGAGUUCGAGCAAACUAUUUCCCCACUUGCUCUCCCACAAAAGGAGCUCACUCUAACCUCUUUAAUUUACGCUUUUCUCGUUGUUUUACCGCUCCACUGAGCUUAGAUUGUAACUUCAACACUUACUUAGUAAGAAAAUUUCGUAUUUCUUUAAUAUUCACCGUAAAUGAGAUGGUGGGCGACAAGCGGAAGCUAAAGAAAUGCUAUUAGCUGAUGAAGUCACCGGACAGGAUUUUAGGCAUAAGUAACUUGAACCCGGGAUGGAAUUUCGAGCACGCUACUUUCCUACUUGCUCUCCCACAAAAGGGGCUCACUAUAGGCCUCUUCAAUUUACGCUUUCCUUUUGGGUUUACCGCUCUAUUACGCUUAGAUUGUAAUUCAAAACUUAUUUAAUAUGAAAAUUCGUAUUUGUUUAAUAUUGAUCGUAAAGGUUUAACAUAUUUAUAACAAUAAAUAUUUUAACAGA